AUGGCGACACAGCAUGAGUUGGACGAGCUUCAAGACAAACUCAACAAUUUAAUCAUCAACUACCUCGAUCUAUUCGACAAGUAUCAGGCUUCAAGAGCCGAGAUUUCUCGGGCAUUGUCAGAUGGUUUCCUUAAUCUCGCGCAGGCAAACUUCAAUGCGCCAAACAGAGUACGGUAUGGGCAAGAUAUGUAUGAUAAUCGAAUGCAGGCACUACGAGGAGUUGGUAUAGCCGUAAACGAAACUGAUGUUACGGCAUAUAUCUUGAAAGACUUAACUUCGCCGCCUGAGGUCGUAGACUCAGAAAAAGCCGACCUAGAAGCUCCCUCUAACUUAGACGGUCCAGAUAUCGGACCGGAAAAAGAGGAAGUCUCUGAAAUCGUUGGCCAAGGAGAUCAUGACACGCCGAAAGAAAGACCUGAUGACAGUGACGCUGCUUUAACACUCGCCAAUCCCAAGGCUGAUCCUCUCCGUUGGUUUGGUAUACUUCGUCCUAUGGCAUUGGGAACAGCCCAGAAGAAUUUCCUGCAUAGUCUACCACCUAUUAUGGAACUUGUUUCGACAUUGAGCGACAUUGAAUACCACGAAAAAGAUAUACGAAGUUUAAGCCAAAAAGUUAGGAAGAUGCGGGAAGAGCUCGGGAUUAAUUUUAUUGAUGAACCGGUUGAAGAGACUGCCACAAUUUCCGAGCUAGAUAAAUUAUCGAUAAGUAAAGACGGAGCAGGGGAUGAAGCUAUUGAGGAUCACCGCUUAGAAGACAAGAAAUCCCAUAAUCAGCAGCCAGAGAAGCCGGCCGAAACGCCCUCCAAGGAGUAA